AAUUCUGAGUUUGCGAUUGUCAAGAAGUGAGAUGAGAAGAGAGUUGGUUUCUAUGCGGUUAGUUUCUUAUCCUCCUCUCUUCAUAGUUCGCUGAAAAUGGCGGAAGCCACAGGUGCGGCAAGUGUUAAUCCUAAUGCCGAAAUUGUUAGGGGCCAAGUUUUUGAAGUGGGUCCCCGUUAUACAAAUUUAGCUUACAUUGGAGAAGGAGCUUAUGGAAUGGUUGUAUCAGCAAUGGAUGCAGUUACCAAAACAAAAGUGGCAAUUAAGAAGAUAUCUCCUUUUGAGCAUCAGACGUAUUGUCAAAGGACCCUCAGGGAAAUCAAAAUACUCACAAGGUUUAAACAUGAAAAUAUUAUUGAUAUUAGAGACAUACUUCGUGCGGCUACUAUUGACCAAAUGAAGGAUGUAUACAUUGUACAAUGUUUGAUGGAGACUGACUUAUACAAACUCCUAAAAACUCAGAGACUGAGUAACGAUCAUAUAUGUUACUUCCUUUAUCAAAUUCUCAGAGGUCUGAAAUAUAUACAUUCGGCAAAUGUACUUCAUAGGGAUUUAAAACCAAGUAAUCUACUUUUAAAUACUACCUGUGAUCUCAAAAUUUGUGAUUUUGGGUUGGCAAGGGUAGCAGAUCCAGAACAUGAUCAUACGGGAUUCUUAACGGAAUAUGUAGCUACAAGAUGGUACAGAGCACCAGAAAUUAUGCUUAAUUCCAAGGGCUACACAAAAUCCAUAGAUAUAUGGUCGGUGGGAUGUAUUUUAGCAGAAAUGUUAGCGAAUAGGCCGAUAUUUCCAGGAAAACAUUAUUUAGAUCAAUUAAAUCACAUUCUAGGUGUCCUCGGAUCCCCAUCACAAGAUGAUCUAGACUGUAUUAUUAACGAAAAGGCGAGAAGUUACUUGCAGUCGCUUCCUUUCAAGCCGAAAGUACCUUGGGCGCGAUUAUAUCCCAACGCAGAUCCGAAAGCUUUAGAUCUCUUGGAUAAAAUGUUGACCUUCAAUCCACACAAGAGAAUUGUCGUCGAAGAAGCGUUAGCGCAUCCAUAUCUAGAACAGUAUUACGAUCCAGCGGAUGAGCCUGUUGCAGAGACGCCUUUCCGUUUCGAUACAGAACUAGACGAUUUGCCAAAAGACCAUUUGAAAAGAUUAAUAUUCGAAGAGACUUUACUCUAUAAACAACAACAAUCGGAUCCAAACAAUAGGUCAUAGUUAUUUGAGAUCAAUGUAUAAAAUUAUUUUUUGUUUUUAAACAUUUUUUUUUUGUUAUUUACUGUAAGUGCGAGCUUUUGGUGGAACGGCCGAAAAUCAUCUAUAAUAUUGCUCGAUAAAAUGAUGGUACCAGGGUAGUGGAUAGAGUGUAAACGAAACGCUGGGUUCAGUAUGUGUGUCUAUCUAAAGAAAAUUUGUUACCUCAGUUCGUUUAAAAAAAUUGUUUGCAGUAUUUUGUCCCCGAAAUAUAUAGGGUUUCGUAAUUUUUUUGUAUCCUCAAGUUGAAAUCGUACAAAAUUUUUUUUUGACAUUCAACAUUCCUUGCAAAAGGACGACCUGUAAAACGGAAAAUCCGUUGGUCCAAAAUUUCUUUUUUUUUACAACAAAUUAAACGAAAAUAAUUCCUAUUUUAUUUCAUAUUUAUACCAAUAAAUCUAUGAUUAUACAAUGUUUAAAUAUUUACUAAAAAUAUAUUUUUUUUUAUUU